GGGCACUGACUUGUAAAAAACAGUAGAAAGGUUCCAGAUGAUGUGGCUUCUUUUAUUGGGCCUAGCCUUAGCACUCCUUGGAAAAGCUUCGGCAACAGAUGAUCACGAUGAUUACCCAAUUCGGCUUGUUGACGGUGCGACCGAUAACGAAGGACGGGUUGAGAUCCUCUUCAAUGGCCAAUGGGGAACCGUCAGCGGCAACGGUUGGGAUUCCCGAGACGCUAGCGUAGUGUGUCGACAGCUUGGAUUAUACGGCUACAACUCGUCCGUUGGUAGUGCUUACUUCGGUGAGGGGACCGGCCCCAUCCUGAUUGACUAUGUCGGCUGCUUGGGGAAUGAACAUCGCCUCAGUGACUGCGCCUUUGAAGGUUGGGGUGUCCUGGCGAAUCAUGCGUUAGAUGUCGGUGUUCUCUGCCAGACGGAUAACGAUUUUCCAGUCAGGCUUGUUGGUGGGACUUUGGGACGAAAUGGCGUCCUCGAAAUCAACUUCCGAGGUGAUUGGGGAGGUGUAUCGUAUUACAAGUGGAACGCCUUGCAGGAUGGCAGUGUGGUUUGCAGAGAGCUGGGUUUCUACGGUCCGAAUAUAUCUUACGCCCUGUAUCGCCGAGUAGAUGAUCCAUUUUUCGACAGUGUUGAGUGCCGAGGAGAUGAGAUGGUUCUUGCUGAUUGCGCUAUCGAUGGUUGGUUACCGGGCAAAAUCUCCUACCAGGUUUUCGUGUCUUGUCAAAUUGAUGACGAAGCAUUCUUGACCGUUCGACUGGUGGAUGGGCUGUCUACUACCCAGGGACGGCUGGAGGUUAACUUCGACGGCCAUUGGGAAAGUAUACACAGCAAAAACUGGGAUGAUGCAGCCACCAGUGUUGUGUGUAGACAACUGGGACAUUACGGGCAUAAUGUAUCCGUGCAACGCGACUUCUUUGGGCGGGGUGAAAUGCGCGCAUUGAUUCCAUAUCGGUUCGACUGCAGAGGUGACGAGGCUACAUUAACAAAUUGUCAGAUGAGUGAUGGUGGCGUCGGAUCAUAUGAAAGUUCAGUGGGAAUAGUGUGUCACGCAGCUGACGAUCACCCAGUUCGACUUGUUGGUGGUCCUUCCAACACGUCGGGGUUAGUCGAAGUUUUCUUCAAUGGUUACUGGGUAGUCGUGUGUCAAGGCACCGACACUGGUGAACUGUACGACCGUGUAGUCUGCUCACAACUCGGUUACGAUGGACCAAGCGUGGGCACUUAUAGAGGAUUGUUCACUGAUGGGCACGGAGCUUUGGACAAGUACGGUAUGGGGGAUCCCCAGUGCGCUGGGAAUGAGACUAAGCUGGUGGAUUGUGCCUUCGAAGGCUGGGGAGUUAGUAGCUGUCCACACCGCUCUGUUGGUGUUGUGUGCCAAUUAGGUGAUGCGCAUCCGAUUCGGAUCGUAGACGGCUUGUCAGAUACGGCUGGUCGUGUUGAGGUACUGUUCAACGGAAUGUGGGGAGUUAUAUGCAGCGAUGGAUGGGAUAACGCAGAUGCCAGCGUAGUAUGCCGGCAGCUAGGCUACUUCGGCCCAAACGUCUCCGUGACUCUUCCACUAUACUACGGCUCAGACUUACCACUUCAUCUUUCCAAUGUCGGUUGCAAGGGUCACGAGGACAAGCUCACGAACUGUCCUCUCCGAUGGUGGAGUGGUCCAUGUUUCACACUUGCUGGUGUAAGAUGCCAAGCAGAGGAUGAAUACCCUAUUAGACUUGUUGAUGGUUCAUCCACUACGGAAGGUCGCGUGGAGAUACUGGCCAACGGCGAGUGGGGAAGAGUAUGUGCCGAGGGUUGGAACAGCAAAGCCGCCGGUGUCGUGUGCAGGCAGCUCGGCUACAACAACGGGUCCAGCAUACCUGUCGCCAAUAAAAUCGUUGGGUGGCGCACAGGCGUUACACACCUAAGUGAUGUGGACUGUAGAGGCGAUGAAGAGAGACUGAUAGAUUGCUCAUACCCUUCCUUAGGGGCUUAUUCUGGGUUCUGUAGACGACAUGGAACUGAUGCUGGCGUUAUUUGCAAAGCAGAUGAAGACUUUUCUAUCCGUUUAAGUGGCGGCGGUAACCCAAAAUCUGGUCGUGUAGAGCUGUUCUUCAAAGGUCAAUGGAGCACUUUAUGCAACUACGAAUGGGCUGAUUCGGACGCUGACGUUGUUUGCAGACAGCUGGGUUUCCUUGGGCUCAGUAUCGCAGUCACUGGAAUCAUCCCGAAUGGGGAGCUGCGUCCCUUACAUAUUUCGUUUGAAGCCUGUCGUGAUGAUGAAGCCAGGCUGGCGCAGUGCAUUCUCGAGGAAACUAUCCUUGGCUUCUAUGGUUGCAGACGCGACACUGCUGCGGAGGUGAUAUGCCAAGCAAAUGAAACUUUCCCAGUUCGUCUUGUGGACGGUAUGUCCUAUGCAUCCGGACGAGUUGAAAUAUUCUUCAACGGCCAAUGGGGAACCGUUUGCUCGCGUGACUGGGACUUGGCAGACGCCACGGUUGUAUGCAAUCAGUUGGGCUUCGACGGAGCAGAAGCUUCAGUCUACCAGUCCCUCUUUGGAGAAGGCACUGGCCCUGUUGUGAUGAACCGUGUUCAGUGUAGCGGCAAUGAGAGCAAACUGGCUGAUUGCCCUUUUGACGGAUGGGGAAGAACAGUCAGCAAUUGUGAAAACACCGUAGGCGUCAUAUGCAAUAAUUCGGCCUUUGGACAAACGUGCCCGCCCCCAGAAUCAUCAUAUAUUAACGGACUCCCAACCAUCGAGGUCAUAAUUCCUCAGGGACAAUCGACGGCCAACGUGAACUGGACACUACCAACACUUGUCAACGUACCAGAAAGUUACGAAGAAUACACGACGUGCAAAUCCAUUGGUGAUGAGACUUCCCGUAGGCCGUGCGCGAGCGGCGGGUCGUUUGGCAUCACAUAUGACCCGUGGGCCCGGUUCAACAAUAAGACAGAGGUGGAAGUGCUAAUGGUGGUUGAUGUGGAUGGAAAUAACUCUGUCAGUCAUCGAUGUACGUUUUACAUAUCCGUCCGAGAAGUGUUCUUCACACCCGUCAGAGGUGAAAUUAAUCCCUUGCUUCGGAUUCCCGUGGAAGGCCACAAUGUGUCGGCUACCACCUUGGCUUACGACUCAAACACAGGCCACUGUCAGGAGGAAGUGACGUAUAAUCAAGCGUUUGGCUCUGUCACAUGGCCUGCGACUGAGGCUGGUGUACAGGUGGAAUCUGUGCAGAAAUGCCCACCGAUGACGUUAAAUGCUGGUAGCCCAGUCGGCAGGAGGAAUUGCUUACAAGGCAGUCACCAAGAAGAACCCAGAUGGGAUGAUCCGCAAUAUCAGAGCUGUGAUGAACGAGUAGGCCUACAAAGUAACGACACGCUCACUGGAUGGCAAGUGCCGGUUUCUUCAAAUGGAAGUCACGUGGCCAAACUUCUUUCGGAGAUAACAUCUUCGGAGAUGUGGAGCAAUGGUCAACUGUCUGCACAGAAUAUCAACACAAUAGCUGACAUCUUGCAGAACAUUUCCAGUGCUGGUGUCGGCCACCCUCAGGUUACUAAUGAAGUUCUUGACGUUGCUGAUAAGAUCAUGCGUACUUUGAAACGCCGCGACGCAUCUGACAACACGGAAGCAGGCAAGCUUGUCAGCAUUGCACAGUCAAUCGAGACUCAGGUCUCCUGGACCCUUCGACAGCAGGGUGAGGUCAGUGUCCAGAAGGAUUCCAUCAAAGUCAAAGCGGCCAACCUCAACUCCUCCGAUGUCAGCGACGGUCUGAGCUUUGCCUUGGUCCGACUUCAGAACGGUCUACCGCCCUCUGAUGGUUCAACGCCGGAGGAUGAAGCCUUUUCCGGGUCAGAGGUCAGAGUUUAUGAGAGCAGCGUCGAGAUACCAGAUGAAACGAUUGCAGCCGUCAGUCUACCAUCCAAUCUGUUGGCAUUGGUCGAGGCAGAGAAUGGCAACAGCUCACCGAUGCACAUUGCUGCUCGUUUCAUCGCCUAUGGUGAUGACUCUCUGUUCCCUUCGACAAGGAAAUCCUUGUCAGGAACAGGAACCCGUUCGGUUAUUCCCGGUGCAGUAGUUUCUGUUGCUGUCGAGGAUGUGGAGCUACGGAACCUGACUGAACCAGUUGUUAUUCAGAUUCAGCUUCCAGUGAUUAUUAACGUCAAAGAGGUCAUGUGUGUCUUCUGGGACUUCACUCUGAGAAACGGAGUCGGUGAUUGGUCCAAUGCUGGAUGUGAGUUUCAGGGAGUGACCAAUGGGCGACACAGAUGUCAUUGUAAUCACGCAACCAACUUCGCAGUAUUUGUAGAACUAAAAGACGAGUUGAAGUCGUACCGUCGAGCAUUGAAUCCAAUCACACGGAUUGGCUGCAUUGCAUCAGCAGGGAUGUACGCGUUCAUGCUGUUGAUGUAUUUUCCGUUCAGGAAGCUGCGCGCGCUGAAAUCUGGCCAGAUAUUCGCCCAGUUCAUCCUGUCGCUACUGUUAUUGUACACUGUGUUGGUGUCCGGAGUAGAGAAUGCGAAGGGUUCAACCUACGGUUGUGCUACUGUGACUGCUCUACUGCACUACUUGCCACUAUCCACAAUGAUGUGGACGGCCAUUGAAGCGAGAAACAUGUACACCAAUGCUCUGACGAGGCAAACUCCUACGGAUGGAACUUAUUACAUGAUCAUUGCGAGUACCGUGGCGUGGGGGCUCCCACUGAUUGUAACAGGAAUAUCGCUGAUAGUUGCAACUGACCAGUACGGCACCGCUGAUUACUGCUUUUUAGCUCCAAGUCUGACGAUGUACGUGGGCAUCCUCCUGCCAAUCUGUCUCAUUCUGGUCAACAACGUCGUCCACUUUGCUCUGGUGGUGCGCGUCCUGCGCAAAUCCAAGAAUGAGCCUCCCUUUUACGCGCAGAUGACAAAACGCCUGGUGACGGCCGUGGGGAUCUGCACUCUGACAUUGGCUGCCUGGUAUGUGGGAUAUCUUUCCCUGCAAACUGCUUCCGAUGCCUUCUCAAUUAGCUUCUGUGCGGUCAACUUGGUCCAGGUUGCUCUUGCCUGCCUCAAAGUACACCUCAUCGUCAAGGGAGACACUCUGUCCUCAGGCAAAGCCCAUGGCGCCGAAGCGGCUGAUGCUGGGAGCGAGGAGAACCCAGCUGCCUCCCCGUCUAAUGUCCAGAUCGCCCUGCCUACUCUCUCGGAAGCUAGACCCGAAUCGGACGGCAAGGAAGACGGGGAACAGACCAACCUUGCAUUUGAUGCGUCGUUGUAAGUUCAGGGCGUGAUCAAAGAGCCAGUCAAAUUAGAGAGUGCAAAUUGACCUCGCAAACCGGCGAGAUUUUAUGGAAGUAGACCUUCGUGACUUGUAUCGUACCGAUAUAGGAUAUUCGACUUGUGCGAGGGCCUUUUUUGGAUUCAUUUCUUGACGAGUCUUAUUCGAUCAACUGCAAUGAAUAAGUUAUGCAAAUAAAACUCAAAGCAUUACAAUUUACUACAAUUUAGAGAAUAUUGCAAAUCUAUAACCAUUAUUGAAUACAAUGCAGAAUUUGACCUCAUGGCUCAACUAUAUAGUACAUAUCUCGUACAUAUCUCAUGACAAUAUUCUUAACAAAUGUCUGAAAAGAGCAGCGAGGAUAAUCCUGAGGUGUGCAUUCUUGACUCCAUCAGGCGAUAUGUUUGCUAUAAUUGUUUAGACUUGAAGCUUUGCAUGGCGUAUGAGAUCUAUUAUAAAAUUUGCGGGUAACACCAUGAGGAAAGAUCUCUCUUCUUGGAAGAAGUGUGGUUCUGAAAAGAACCGGAUGGUUGAGUGUGGCGACGUUUCGGACAGUGUGCUCUGUCCGUCCUGAGUACUGUUAACCGCCACUUUAUAAUUUAGACUUAAUUGGAUGCAUUACGUAUAAAAAGGCUAUCCUUGAUUACAAAUGUAUAAACAAAAUUACUCCUCUCUAUAUGACAAAUCUGUUUAAACCACUUAUUCAGACUCGUGAAACAAGACAAUCCACUGACAAAAGAUUCCUUUUGUGAAAAAAAGAAUGUUAUGCCUAGAGCCUUGCUGUAACUGGUACAAUCGUAUGGAAUAACUUGCAUGAGUUCAGGAACAUGACUUCUCUAACCUCAUUCAAAUCUGAACUACGUAAAACAUGCAGCCAGCCUAAUAUUUCUGCAUUUAUGUGAGUAUGUCUUGUUGUCGCUGCCUUUAGGCCUACUGAAAAUACAAAUAUAAAUAUGCGCUGACUUAACUUACGGAGUUAAUAAAGUUGGUUAAUAAUAAGGAGCCGGAUGGGAAUUUGCCCAUUUUUUCUCCCAAAAGGGUUUUUCACCACUCCCGUCAUCAGCGAAUGUAUAGAAAUAAACAUAUAUAUUUUACUGAAGUCACAAAAAAAUGUCCAUAUUUCUCGUGAAAACUUAAAUCACCUCAGCAAUGUCGUUUCAAACUGUAUAUGUUUCUUUGUAAUGUUGUACACUAUUUAUAAUAGUUGCUUAACAAUCAUGCAGUAAUCUCGUAUGUCUUCAUUAUAUUUCAUUGUGUUGUAUUGUAUUUGUAAUGUAUUGUAUUUGUACAUGGGUGUAUAAACAUUAGUAGUGUAUGCAGGGCCCCAAUGGAAACCAGUUUAAAACUGUUUGGGCACACCCUCAUGGGUAAAAAAAUGUUAUAAAUAAAUAAAAAAAACUUGCUAUCUGUCGAUCAUACACAUUACUGUUACAAAAAGAUAUAGACACAGGAGUCUGUCACUAAACUAGUCAGUGUUAAUUCGUUACUAAUUUAUUAAGUUGAUUAAAAAGGUGUACGUGAAGUUGCGAGACUUGUAGGACAAAAACGAGAUUUUGGCUAAGUCUCAUGUGCUGGAGGAAAUCGGACCUACACUCUGGAUGUCAUACAUGUGGAUAUAGCCGUUGUUUUGUCCCGGUGUGUAAUUUACGGUAAUUAAAGUAGAAACAUCGUUUUUGAUUGUUUUUGUUUUUGGCCCCAUAAAAACAAUGACGGUCCAGCAACUUCAUGUAUGCCUUGUACAUGUGUGCUUGAAAUCAUGGGGUUGGGAAACACGACAAAGAAUGGCUUUCUCAUAAUUUAAGACCGGUUGUUGAAUCUCGUACAAUCAUUGCCAUUGGCAAAAUAAUAGGACUUAUAGUUGAAAACGUUGUAAUUUUCAGAUAAAUCUUAUCAAAUUUCAUUGUUAUAACGAUUCAUAUCGUUGUACUGCAGUAACAAUAGAUUUCCAAUACUUUUUUUGCGGGGGGUGGGGUGGAGACGAAGAAUUAAUUACAGACCAGUACUCAAUUAAGUACUAAAAUGUGUAAUGUUGUGUUGGUGAUUGUUAGCAGGACUUGUGAUGGUUUAUUUGUAAAGUUGUUAAUGCAUCCGUAAAACAGCAUUGUAUUUAAAUGACCGAGUAUACUAAUUAAAUUGUCAAAAGUUGUCGCAUUCGUAACAAGUAAAUUCUAAUUUAUUCAGUGUCAAGUCAGGUGACAAUUAAGCCAUUCAAAUGCACUUUGGCAAAUGCAAACAGAAGUUAGAUAACAUAUUGAGAUAUAUGGCAUAAAACGUAGUGUCUAUUUGGGAUGUCCCUAUUAAACUUGUACUGUGACAGUGAAAA